AUGCCCCCAAAGAGACAACUAGUGAAGGUGAAGGUCUCUCCUGAGUUCCUAAAGACGCUUCCCGUGUUCGCUACACCCAAAGCUAAAAGAGUCAAGAAGAUCGCUGAUGAUAAAAAGAACGAUAAAGCUGGCGAUGGCAAGAACCUGUCGCCUGGACCUAACGAUGAAAGUGCCUCUUCAAGGAUCAACACCGGUAUGAAAGAGAUGUCUACCGCUGGCUUGACCGUACACAGUGUAAAUGCUAACUUUGCCCUUGAUAAGUCAGGAAGGCCCGCUAAGAAGUGGGUUCGUGGCUCAAGACAAUUUAAGACCUUCAGUGGGUUCAAAGUAAAGGUAAAGACGUGGAAACACAAGGGUGAGCCACGAGCCGAGAAGGAUAAGACAGAAGCCAAAGCAGAAGCCAAAGCAGAAGCACCAAAACAAGAGGACACGCUGGAAAGUCUUCCAAAGCAUGAACACGAAGAAGUGGAUGUGGGUCUGGAAACCCCAUCUGAGGCUACGGCCAUUACAGCAUAA